AUGAUUGACCCGCGGGAGGCCAAUGAGGCGGAGUAUUUGACAGAGGAUUCUGAUGAUGCUCUUGCUGAUUUGGAAAAAGAGUUUGCUGCUAAAAAACAGCGACUUCUUGAGGAGCGUGCACGGAAGAAGCAGAAACAGCAUCACGUCGAUGUGGAGAGAUCACCAUCGCCAGAAAGAAAACCCCAAACGGAGUAUUUUCAAAAACAGAAUGAUUCGAAACGUCUUGAGAAACAGCCAGAGGAUUCAAAUCCUCAACCUCAGACACUUUUCACCACCCAACCCAAGUCAUCGUUUGCGUCGCGUCUUGGCCAAGAACCCAAAAAAACCACCAUAGACCUCAGUGAAAGAAUCUUUGAAUUUGAAGACGUGCCCGAGUAUGCUACAACUCAGACACAGCCAGGCGACAAAGACACCAACACUGGACUCGAGCUUCUGGCAAGACGGCUCCAAAAGACACAUCUCGAGAAGCUACUACGAGGAAUCAAGAUCCUCAGCAUUCGAAAGCUUUUGGCUAAAGUCGUAGCACCACAUUUCGAAGAGCCUCGCUACGUAAACUGGUGUUUUGCAGGGAUGGUGGUGUUCAAAAGCCCUCCGCGCCAUACAGUCAACGGACAAAAGUACCUCCAGUUAAAAGUGGGCGAUUUCGAACACAGCGUGGACGUUAUGCUUUUUGGGCCUGCAUUCACGCGGUUCUGGAAGCUACGGCCUGGAGAGAUUGUGGUCAUCUUGAAUCCCCGGAUCAAGCGGAUGAAAGGCGCCCCGCUGGUGUCUGUGGGGGAGGAUUUGCAUAGUAUUUUGGAAGUGGGCAGCGCAAAGCAUUUUGGCUACUGUGACAGUGCCACCAAAUCAGGCCUGUGCAAGCAUGUGGUUGACGUUUCGCGGAGUCGACUUUGCAGCUACCACGAGGAGCAAAAAUAUCGGGGCCUGCGGAUGGAGCUCCAAGGCGUAGCUGCAAGAAAGCCUGGCCAGGGGCUGGGGCUGAUGGCGGGCAGCCUCAAAAACGGCAACGGUGACACGCGGAAACGGUUUACCCCGAAUUCACUGUUUGGGCUGGCGCACUUUCUCGCGGGCCAGCAGUGUGUCCAAAGUGAGCGCAACGAGGUGUUUUACGGUGGUAGCGGGUUUGACGAAAGCGAGUAUGACGGGGCGCCCAUGACGAAAAAAAAGCGGAACGGACCUGAAGAUUACGAGCAAAUCAGAGCUAGGCACGAGUCCUGGCCUUGCAGAAACUAG